GGCAACCCAGCAAAUCCUUGAGGAAUUAAUCAGGGCUAAAGCGAUUCGGUUGUGAGAAGCGAGUGUGGUUGUUUUUGUCAUCUUGUCUUUGGACAACAAUUUGGGUUACAGCAAAGUUUGAAGGUGACUGGGAAGGAAUCUGUCCUUCUCCCAACGGUUUCCUUUUUUAUUACAUCUAAUCCAUUGUUAUGUCAGCGAGGGGAGGGUUCCCCGCCACCAAGACAACCCCUGCUAAAAAGUGUUUCCUCUUCAGCUCAUCCUGUGAAAAACACUCCGUUCAAACAGUGAGUCAGCGGCAGUUGAGCUAAAUAGAUUUAUUUUGGUUUUCUGCUACUGAAACACAAUUUGAGUCUUCUGUAUAAAGUCAAACACCUAAAAAUCACACACCAUGUGCCCAAUGUUUUUUAAGUAAUUUUUUUGUGCACUAUAAUGUUACAUAUGUCUUUCCUCACAUUUGUCACAGUUGAACAGUAAAAGCUUAACAUCAUCACGUAAAAUCAGAUGAAUUAAGAACCUAUAGACUUGAUUUUGUUUUUUUUGUAUUUAAGAUUACUCAAUGUAGACUAUCUCUAUUCCUUUAGAUGUCUUCCAUGGGCUGUGGCUGAAAGAACAACAGGCCAUCUGCAUGCAUCAUUCUAUUGAUAUUGAGAUGACAGAAAAUCAUUGAGCUGAUUUAUUUCAAGGACCGACUGUUCUCUUACAACAAGGACCAAAGGGAUCAUUUAAAGAUGGAUACAGUACACGUACAGAAAGGAUGGAGGUUUAUUCUUCUUAAACUAAAGAAUGCAGUUCAGGGCUAGAAAGCACAUUUUCUGUUUAACUUGUUAACAUUAUCAGCCUCUCUCAUGAACAUUUAGUCUAAGACCCCUAUUGGCUCAAAUCAAUGUAGUGUGUCCUGCGUCUUUUCCCUACAAUUUACUAACCUGGGCAAACCGUUGAUUCCUAACCAAGGACCACACUCAUUCACCCGUCACCUCACAGUUCUUGGCAGAUGAUGGCUUUUGUCCCGGGUGAUGAUAUUCAGCGCGUGACAGCAGCACGGAGGCGCGGUGAGCAACGCGAUCAGCCCACCGGAACGUGGACGUCGCUCAGCGCUUUGAGGAAGUACUUGGAAAAAUUAUGAAAUGACAUCACCACAGGCUUUUUUUUUUUUUUUGCCUUGGCUUGGCUUUGUUUGGUGCUUCACGUGACCACGCCUUCCUGCCGGCUCCGCCAUAAAGCAGCCAGGCCCCGCGCGAGUGCACCAGUUGAACUACAGUCCUUCGUGGACAACAGGUGCACGCCAGCAGCCCCUCUCCACCCCGCUGGUGGAUCAUGCACACGGAGCGCCGCACGUCGCGUUGCGCAGGGCCUCUCCGCUCAUCUGCACUUUGAACAUUUUGCACGUUUUUUUGUAUCCUGAUCACUUCCAGCCAACAAAGAAAAUGCCUUUUCCGCCCAUCAGCCUCCACCAGCGGAUCUCCUCUCCGGGCAGGGAACUAUUCGGGAAAAAGAAAGCCAACGGAGUGACCGCGCACAGCGAGCACACCAGCAAAUCCGGCGGAGAGAAGGGGGGGUCCGAUAAAGAGAAGCAGUCCACUUCUUGGACCUCGGCAAAUUUAAGGAAUCUGGGGCGGAAAUCCCAGCAAGAGAAGCGCAAAAGCUCCGCUCAGAAGGCGGGUGCCGGCCAGGAGACGCAGGAAAAGAGCUCCUGGCUGUCGGUACCAAAACCUCAGGACACGUCCGAGAGAGUCCGGCGCUCCAGCUCCAUGGACUCCGCCAGGCACCUCAACGGCAGAGAGGAGGGGAAGAGGGAGGUCCAGUUCACCCUCAGUCUCACCCCCGAAGCCAUUCUUGUCAUCCAAAAACGGAAUCUAGAAAAGCAGAUGAUAGCAAAGCAACAGAAGUGUUGCGCCUCCGCGGACUUUCGCCACCGGCGAGUGUUUCCAUCCAAAAAGACGCACGGAGCGUCCAAGGGCUGCGAUCCUGUCGCCAAAGUGGAAAGCACCGAGCAGGACAUCACCGCGAUCGUUAAGAUAUCGCUGCUGAACGAUCAAUACAAGUACGACGACGUGGAGUACGAAGAAGAGGAUGGAGACGUGGAUGAGACCGUCGUGAGGAAGUGCAAAGAGUGGCUCAAAGGGGUCGAGAACGCCGCUGCUUUGGGGAAAGUCGACAAACUUUCCACACUCCCGCAUCUUAAAAGCUGCUGACACCUGAAGUAUGGGUUGUUGUCUUUUUUUACUUUCAUUUUGUUCUACACAGACUGAAGGAAUGAUGGACUCGUGUGCACCGAUGGCGGUCCGCUGCGGUGGGAUCUUGAAUUUUAAGUAUUGUAAAUGAACUGUGUUGCAAAGGGAGAGGGGGAGAAAAUCCUCUCCACAGGAUUGUCCACAUUUCUCGAAGCAUUUUGCUAAGAUAGAUGUCACAAAUUAAUGAAACGCAUUGAAGAAAAAUGAUGAGAAUAAUCUGCGUUGGCACUCAACCGGAAUGAGACAGUAAUGGUGAAUCCAACAGUGCUUCUUAUCCAUGCGUCACAGGGCCGUUGCUUUGCCAGUUUAUUGCCUCUUCAAUGUUUUGUUACAGUUUAAACUCAAUACCUUAAUAGCGUCGUCCUUUGCACAUGUUUUUUUGUUGUUUUCAGUGUGGGGUGGGGGGAGGAGGGGGGCUUUGCGUGAAGGUACGUGGAAGCGUUUCUUUGUGCAGGAGAACAAUACGCUGUCAACAACAGGGCUUUUUACCCCUGCUGCUGAAACCAAACGGGACUGUUUAUCUUCUCCUCUACUUACGAGGGUUAUAUCCUUUUGUAAGGAUGUAUCUGCAAUGUACAGUAUUUAAUAUUGACUAAAUAUUUGUACUGUCAAAAUUGAUGACUUUAUGCCAUUUGAAGUAAAAAUGUUUUUUUUA